AUGAAGGUCACCCUGAACAUCCCGAUUCAGUUGUCAAACGAUAACUGGGUGUUGGCCAUCGAACAGCUGCUUUUGUUUCUGCUCAUCAUUGGUCGCUGGCUGCUGCCGAAGGGCGACCUCACACGAGAUGAGCUCUCACAGCUUCUGCUCGUCUAUAUCGGCACGGCGGCCGAUAUCAUUGAGUUCUUUGAAGCUUUUAAGGAGAAAACGGUGCAGACGAACGAGAUGCUGAUUAUCAUCAUUCUCUCCAUGUGGUCGUGGAGUCUCCUACAAUUCACCUUUGUCCUGACGGCUGCCAAGGGAAGGAAGCCUAGAUCAGGUAUAGAUAACACCGUACUAUCUUGCCGAGCAACAUGCUGCACUGCUGACGUCGCUGGCGUUCUCAUGAACCUAUUCUUCCAAGACGUGCCGUUCCUGGGACUACGCCUGUGCCUCAUCUUUAAAUUCAAUGUCAUCAGUUACAUGAACAUAUUUUUUACGUCGAAGAACACGCUGGUGAUAAUCCUGCAAGUGUAUAGACUCUUCGUUCUCAACUGCGAGAAGGCAAAGCCGCCAAAGAAAACGGAGAGAGGGAUACGCCAGCGACCGUACACGUCGUACGAGAUGGAGCGUAUCCCUCCCAGGCAGGCCGUGCCCACGGCGAAUCCUCGACGCUACAAGGUGCACGACUACAGCGUGUAG